UAUUUUUAAAGUGAAAUUUCCCAAAAAGAAUCCAUAGAGGCAGAAGCUAGCAUGGAUGGUCUCAUAGAAGAUCUGGGUGUGGCACCAUUACCAGAUGCAUCACCAGCAACCAAGUCUGUCUUACAAACUGCAUUUGUAUCAACAAGUAAUGAAACAGAGUGCCCUGAAAAGGCAUCUCCCUCACCACCAAGACAGCAUAAAAGAAAGUGUAAACUGUUUGACCAUAACACAUGUAGAAAAACAGCUAUCAAAAAGAACCUCCUCUCCACAUUCAAGCCUAAGAGUCGGUAUGGUAUGUCCUGCUCUGCUGAUACAGCUUGGCAAAAGCGUGGCUUUGACAGCCUUACAUCUCAUACAUUUUUAAUGAGUUCGUCAAAGAUGGGGAAGAAGGUUCUGAAGAGUGUCAUAUGCCACAAACAAUGUUCAACAUGCAAUUGGUGGAGACGUCAUCGCCCUGGUCAGCAAAUACGACAACACCGAUGUGUACGAAACCACUUUGGAAGUGCCCGUUCCAUGGAGAGAAAGCUACUUAAAAGCAAGCACAAUAUCAGUUUGAAAAAGAAAUAUGAUAAAAACCAUAUGAUAAAAAAUUUAGGCAAAAGCUUUUAUGGUUUACAAAAUGAGAAGGGAAUCAAAAUCAGUAAGAUAACUAUAAGCCAUUUACAAAAGUGUGUGUCAUAUGCCCUUUCUAAGAACUGUGGGGACUUGCAUGGAUUACAAGAAAACCUUAAGGCAAUUAUUCCCCAUAACUUUGGGGAUCACCAGUUGUGUCAGCCAAGGUUUUGUGGUUAUCUAAGGAAUAAAGAUGUAUCCUAUAUCCACCGUUCUUUACCAUACAAAUCAAGUUUGACUGGUGAGAUGUUAAAGCAACGGUUAGACGACAUUAUGAAACCUUUUAUUGCCAAAGCCAGCCAACUAGUGAACCUAGGGUCAAGCCAGCAAUGUGAACACGCCAACCGAGAAGUGUCCUUAAAGGCUCCAAAGAACAUUUACUAUGGAGAGAGUGAGGCAUUAGAUGUUCGAGUUCAAGCAACUGCAGCAUUUAUAAACGAAGGAAGAAACUACAUAGUAGAGUUACAAUGUUUUGCAGUUUAGUUUCAAUGUUUGAUUUUCUACACCAGCUACAAGUAAACAAACAAGCUGAUUUGUCACCUGGUCACUACACACAAAAGUAUGCACAGCAUUGUGCCAUCAAACGCCAGAAAUGUCAGGAAACCUUUGCUAAGCCAUCAACAAAGGGAAGGCGCCUGUUUUUGAAAAAAGAGCGUGCUGUCAACCAGUCAGCUACAGAGUCACUCGAAGGGGCAACAUAUCAGUCAGAAGUUGGCCACACAGCUGACAUAGACAAAAUCCCCGAUCCUAUACCACGUGGAGUGUUCAAGCCAGUUUGUUCAAGUGGCGAACCCUUUUAUAUCACUGUGGAUCUUGAAACAACAGACCUUAUUCGAGGAGAUGUUUACCCCCAUAUUACACAGAUAGCAGCCAAACAUGUUGGUUCCGAGAAGAGCUUCAACUGCUAUGUGCUACCAAAAACUACCUAUGAGCGCAUCAGCAGAGCGAGUGACUAAAAUUAUUG